CUGUCCUUAUGUACCUUUUUGAUUGCCUUCUGACCUUACUCCCAGUAGAGGCAAUGCCAUUGUCAUUGUCCUACACAAGGAACAUGGCUAUGCGCCACAUAUAAAUGUACAGUCUCUCCAGCUCUCUCCUAGUGUCAGGACAGAAGGCCCCAUCACCAUCUGUGCAUUUUGUCCACAACCACGAGAAUGGAAGGAGAUAAUCCUGAGGCGAGGAAAGACCGGAUUCAGACUGCCCUGGAGAGCGAGAAGGAUCAGAGUCCUCAUCAGGCUGUCGUGAAGAGCGAGAAGGAUCAGAGCCAGGCUGCUAUGAAGAGUGAGAAGGCUGAUACGGAGAAACUCAUUCAGUUCAUGGAAGCAAAUUAUGAGAAGUAUGUUGCUAAUGUAGAUUCCUUCGAAGAUUUCUACCAUGCCAUCGUUGAGCUUAUCGAAAAGUUUUGCGAGGAGCGCGGCCAGGUGCAGUACAAGAUACCGUCGAAAAAAGCCCUGAAGGAAGCGUAUGAGAAGCAUCACACGGAGCAGGGACAGUUGAAGAGGGAGGAGUUCAUCAAGAUCGGCAAGGAGGUGAUCAGGCGGGACAGCUUCACCCUGGGCAAGGCGACCAUGGACUUCAUCAUGUACCUGUUCGGCGCCCCGCUGUGCGCGCUCGCCGCCAAGAGGAUCCUCCCCGGCCUCCGCUGGAUCUCCGACGACGUCGCCAUCCCUCUCGCCACCUCCGCCUCCGUCGCCUACCUCAUCAGGACCAAGCAACUCUGAUCAGCCUCCGCGUGUGCGUGUAAAUCAUGCAGC